AUGUCUGGCUUGCCAACUGGUAGGCCAUCGCUGUUGAUUCUUUACAAGCAACUUCUUCGUUCAUGCGAGACGUAUCCUUCUAAAAAUCGUAUGGGUAUUUACCAAGCGAUUCGGGAAGAAUGGAAAGAAAACAAGGACUUGACCCACAAAGACAAGCUAGAUAAGCAAAUCGCGAUUGCGUACAAAGGCCUUUCGCAACUGCGUCAGUUCGAUGAGAUGGCCAUGAGUGGCGGUAGACCAGCGUCUUCGAAUUGGAGUGUAACAAUGGAGCAAAACCCAAUGCCAAAACCCGAUGAUUACGAUUCUCGAAAAACGAGAAGGACCUGA